ACAACAAAUGUGGUGGAAUUUUUUUUUGAGCAAAUUCAUUUUCGGAAAAAGGUUUUUACACAAGGGUGGUUCUUAUCAACGUAGAGUAUAUGUUGCAGGUAUGCAAUUGAUUAUUUAAUAAUUCUAUUAUGAUACAAAUUUUGAAAAAAUGUUGUGUUUAAGUGUAUAAAAUAAUAUUUAUUCAUUAGUUAUAGCACAGCCCUGUAGCGCCAGCCCUACGUGCUUCGUCCGCGUUAGCGCUGCGUAAGCUUUCGGGUAAUGUUACCUGCCCGUGAACGCGAUAUAAUAUACGAGCGUUCCCAUGAGACAAUAUAUUCCUAACUUCGGAAAAAUCCACUCGUUAGUUAGUCAGAUUUAAUUUUGUAAUUUUAGAGAAUAAAGAACAUGGAACAAAACGUACCCACCCUUGUAGCAAAUUGAAACCGGUACCAUUAGAAAGGUCUUUGAAAAUAUUUAAACUUGUUGUAUGACACCAACUUUGUAGCUCAUGGGGGAAAAAAGAUAUUCGGCGUUAAAAAUGCCGAAAAUCAUCGAAUUUCCCUCAAGCGCAUUCAACAUGUUCGCGAUAUAAAUGUGCAUAAGUGCAAGUGAGAUAGAUAGUGUGGCGUCAGUACCUCCGCCGCGCCGCCUCGAUCUUUUGUUCUCGCCAAGUUACUAGUUAGUACUACCCGUACACAUAAAGAAUGGUAUUGAAAAUGGCGUCGCUUUCUAACCUCUCACUCGCACUUAGCGGAUUGUCGCUAUACAUCCCGUUUAUGCUGACAAAACCGGCCUACUUUGCCGCCAUUUCUAAUCCCAUUCUUUAUCUGUACGGGUAGUACCUGUUUGGAACUAUCUUUGAGCGCGCGCAUUUUUGUCAUCUUAGUUUUUUUAUCAUUGUUUUACCUACAACCUCAGCCUUCACAACGGACUUUAGUGUAUUGCUUAACGACUGGAUUUGACGAAAUGGAAGGUGAACGCCGUGUAGUGUGUAUUACGUGUACAAGAUCAGUACUACGUGACCGAAACCGGCAUCAUCUGACGCGAGACUAUUUGGAAGACAAUCCAGGCUUCACAGAGUACGUGAUGGAACGGAUUAACAUAAAUGAGAUGGCCCUCAAUCAAGUCCAAUAUAUGUGUCAUCGUUGUUGGGUAGCUGGAAGAAGACAGCAAGCCAGGUUCGAACAAGAACAAAACCAAGAACUCGGAAAUCCAGAGCAACCAACCAUGCAACCAACGUCGGUUCCAACUUAUAGGCGGGUUGCAAAUACGGCGCGUCACUGCUUAUUCCGCGGGUGCAUCAACCAAGAACUUCAUAGAGUGUCCAGCUUUAUAAAAGUACUUUUGUUAGUUGAUUAUAGCGUAUACGUUCCUGAAAAUGCACGCAUUUGUGCACAUCACAUCAACUCAAAUGAUUGGAGCUCCCUGUAUGAAAAUGGGGAGACGAUAUUCACGCCAGAUCAGCUAAAAGACAUGAUCGACACGUUACGAGCUGCAUAUAAACAUAAGACAAAUAUAGAUUUUGACAAUGUAAACAACAUUUCACCUGAGGAUCUAUUUUACCUAACUGGCUUAACACACCAACAAUUCUCAACCAUUUUAAGUGAAACACCGUCUCUUUUAGCUCAAUGUAAAAGACCAAAAACUGCACUGGGUGUCUAUUUAUUAAAACUUAGGUCUGGUGAACCAAAUACUCGUAUAGCCUCACAAAUAGGUGUAUCUCGAAAAACGAUUGGCGUUUUACUUAAAACUGCACGAAACUGCUUGACGCAGGACUUUGUUGUUCGCCAUUUAGGUUUUAAUCAUAUAAGCCGUAAUGAUAUCAUAGCUCACAGCCUUGCAGUGCCAUCAUAUUUAUACUCCAACCCUUUAAAUCCAGUGGCGAUAGUUCUAUGUGAUGGUUCAUAUAUAUACGUCCAGAAAAGUAAAAACUUUUUGUUUCAAAAAAAAACCUACAGCUUACACAAGUACAAAAACCUGUUAAAACCCUUUUUAAUUACAUGCCCAGACGGCUAUAUUAUAGAUAUAUGUGGACCAUACGCUGCAACCAAAACGGAUGCCCAAAUCAUGAGUGAUAUUAUGAAUGAUACCACGUCCCCAGUGCAUAUAGUAUUACAAACAGAUGACGUUUUUAUCUUAGAUCGAGGGUUCAGAGACUCUAUACCAGAAAUAGAAAGUGCAGGUUAUGUUGCCCAUAUGCCGCCGAGCAAAGACAGACAUGCCACACAGCUCACAGACAUACAAGCAAAUAAAUCUCGACAAAUCACAAUAGUGCGAUGGGUCAUUGAAGUCAUAAAUGGAUGGUUCAAAAGAGACUACAAGAUAUUCAGGCAUACACUUAUUAAUAAAACACUCCCUCACGUGUUUACAGACUUUCGCAUUGCAGGAGCACUUAUAAAUGCAUUUAGGCAACCUCUGACGGACAAUGAGCAUGCCCAAGCCUUUAUCGGAAUAAUAGCUCAAAGAAUAAACGAACACAAUAUACUGGGCAAUUAUGUAGUCACAGAAAAUAUAAAUCGACAACGGGCGGUGUUCACUACAAUGACGGCUACAUUAAUACCAUUUCCACAAUUGACAGAAGAAGACGUCAUUUUAUUCAGUUUGGGAACAUACCAUUUAAAACUCGCUAGAUCGUACGUUGCCGAGCAUUUGCGAGGUGGAGAUGGUUUAUAUAAUAUAGAGGUAUCUUCUAGCCCUAGCCCUAGUAUGGCGGAGCAUGGGCUGGUGACAGAAAACUGCUCAUUAAUUAGAGGCCGCAUAUUAUCGAGGCACGUCUCGAAUAAAAUAUAUUACACAUAUAUUUUGCUUAAAGAGAACAUCCAGGGCAGAGAAGCUAUCGCAGCAUAUUAUUGUUCCUGCAUGACAGGUAUGAGAACUCUAGGCGCCUGUGCCCACACUGUUAGCAUAAUAUGGUACUUAGGUGUGGGUAGGCACCUAGAUAACUUCGUUGGUCCGGCAAAUGCCUGGGACGAUGUAAUAAUUGAAAGUAGCAAUACCAUAUAAAAAUGAUGCUUCUUUGUUCUGUAAUAAAACUGUGCUUUUUAAGAUUGAUGGUUUUUUAUUUAAUAUUUUGCCCGUAGCAAAAACGAACGGUAUGGAGGUAAGGAAGAGAGAACGUCUUAGCUUUUAAGCUGAUGGUCUCUUUUUAGAAUGGAAGAAUGUCUGGUUGUUCAUUUGGUUUAUAGAACAGAAAAAUAU